AUGACUGUUAACUACAACCUCUCCGUGUCCACAUCACAUCCAUGGACAUUUAUUCGGCUUUUCUUCAGAUGGAAAGGAUCGGUAUGGAAGGCUGUUUGGAUGCAAUAUGUGAUUUGGCUAGCCUUAUACUGGAUCGUCAGUGCUUGUUAUCGAUUCGCAAUGAAUGACUGGCAAAAAAUGUACUUCACACAUCUGGUUGAAUUCACGAAUGCACGACUCUCUUACGUUCCGCUCGACUUGAUGUUGGGCUUCUUCGUUGCUGGUGUGCUAAAUCGUUUUUGGUAUCUGUUCAACAUCAUCGGAUUCAUGGACAACAUUGCUCUAAUGACAGCUUUGUAUGUUCGUGGAACAGAAGAGCGUGCACGUCAGUACCGGAGAAAUAUUGUGCGUUAUUGUCAGCUUACUCAGGUUCUCGUCUUCCGCGACUUAUCGAUGCAAUGCCGUUUGCGAUUUCCAACGCUGGAUACGGUAGCAGCGGCUGGUUUUAUGAUGCCACAUGAGAAAGAGAAUUUUGAUGGCAUACAGUACAACUACAAUAAAUACUUUCUCCCAUUUAAUUGGGCUUGGGCUCUGAUCUACCGCGCCAGAAAGGAGGGCUUGAUAGAAAGCGAUUAUUAUGUCACCAUACUUUCAGAGGCAGUAAAAAAAUUUCGCACGGAUCUGGCAUGGCUUUGUAACUACGACUGGGUUCCAUUGCCAAUGAUUUAUCCGACUAUUGUUUGUCUAGCAGUUCAUUCAUAUUUUCUUGUAUGUGUGGUUGCUCGACAACAUGUAGAAAAUUCGAAAUAUGAUAUUUAUAUGAUGGAUCUAAUAUUCCCCUUUAUGACAAGCAUCCAAUUUGUUCUAUAUAUGGGUUGGCUCAAGGUAGCAGAAGCACUCCUUAAUCCUUGGGGACUGGAUGAUGACGAUUUUGAGACAAAUACUCUUAUCGACAGGAAUUUAGCGAUGGGAUUGAAAAUCGUCGAUGAAGGCUAUGGAAGGACACCAGAGUUACGUAAGGAUGUAUUUUGGGACGAUCAAUGGGUACCGCUAUACUCUGAAGAGAGCGCAUGGGAGAAGAGAUAUAGCCAUCGUGAGGGUUCGCUAAGUCAAGUGAAACUGAAUCCUUCCGUAUCGCAAGUGCGCAUGGUACCAUUGCACGGAAAUGCAAGUAGUUCGAAUUUGCGACGAAGAAUGAGUUCCAUCCGGGAGACUAUUGUUCCAGUCAAACCUGAAGAGAUGUCCCGGCGGCCGUCAUUAGCCCAAUUUAUUCGUUCUGCAUCAAAGCUAAGCCUUUUCAGUGAAGGCAAACAGAUAUCCAAAAACGCGUCCACACCGCACUUCCGCAGCCAAGGCAAGGAACCAGCGGUCCGCAUGUUCAACGGCAAUGACAACGAUGAACCGCGCAUCGUUACGGUACCUGGCAGUUUUCCAGUGUUCAACACAUCCAUGAGCGCUGAUACACUGGGACAUGAUGGUGCAGUGUCGCCAACUUCGCCAACCUCGCCAACCAGUGGCGAGUUGUCGCGGGUGAUGACCGACGACAGCGCUAUGCAAAUGUUCGCCAUUGGAGAUGGUGAUUUACGUGUAGCUACGCGGUCGCUCGAGACUGAUGCAUCCGCAGAGAAAUCGCCGAUGUCCCCGAAGUCCGACGGAGGCCCAGAACAGGGCGACGAACAGAGAUCAGCGGGAGACACAAGAAAGAAACCACUACUGAAGUUCUCGUUCAGCUCCUAAAGAAACCGGUCAUACCUUUUUCGUUAUUAUCCAUUGUUAUCGACACUUGAAUCACUCUCGUAUGGUCAACAUGGACUGUUUACUAUGUCUGUUCCAUACCGGCUUUCCUUGCAUGA